UGCGGGGUCCAUCCACUCCCCCCUGGUCCACCGGCAGACCCCUCGUGCCAGUUUGGUGAUGGGGGGGGGGUGGGGCUGGGGGACGCUCUCGCUGGCAACAGGGUGAGAAGGACCCCAUGGCCAGAACAGGGUGACAGCAGGGUCCAGCCCCCCCCAUACCCAACCAGGGUGGUGGGGGGGGACAAGAGGGGUGCUGGGGACCCCUUUGCGGCUCAGCCACGUCUUUUUCCAUGACCUUGGGCAGGAAAAACCCUCCUGCACCCAGAGCUGAAGCCUCAGGGUGGGCACCCACCUUGCCCCCCCUCCCCCGGUAUUGCUGCAGUUUGCAUGCUGGCGCACACGCGUGUGCAGGCUCUGCUGCUGCCGGGGGCCGUGUCACACCAGCUGGGCCCCCGCGGUGCCCCCACCCCGCUGCCCGCGCCGCCGGCUGGGUUACACGGCGUAAAUAAUUCAGGGUGGGUGAGCUCACCCUGCCGGCAUCAGCGAGCCGCCCGGCGAGCACGGCCAAACCACCGGCACCGGCAACGCUGGGCCCGAGCUGGGCAGCCGUGCCCCGGGGGUGCAGGAUCGGUCCCACUCCGGGGGUGGGUGGCUGGCUGGCAGCCCGGCGCCGUCCCCAGUGUUCGCCCACGAUGUCAGGACAGGGAGGCCUUUCACAGCCCGGCGUCGCGGCUCAGGGGAUGAGUUUGUCGGGUCUCAGCCCAGCUGGCAGGGCUGGGGGGGGGUGUCUGCUCUCCUCCCCCCCAGCCCAGGGCGGGCCAAAGGGGUGCUCAGAGCCGCGAUACAUCCCCUGGGAUGAGCUGUCAGAGCAGGUUUGGCAUUUCCUGUUUUUCGGGGCCGACAGGUCCCCAGUGUUGUUUCCGGAGCCCUGGGACCUUCCCAGCCCUGGGGCAACCAGAGAGGCCGUGACACCCCCUGAGCAUCGGCCCCCCCCCCCCCCUCCUCCAUCCUGGCUCUGCCACCCUGCCUUCGGAGAGGAAACUGAGGCAGGGAGGUGGCUGGGCAUGCUGCCAGUGUGGGGAGGGAGAAAGGGGGUCCCACGGAGGGACCCACCUCAGCACCCUCAGGGACCACCCUCAUCCUGCCCUCCCUGCCAGCUCCAGGCAGUGUUUUGGGAUGUGCCCGGUCCCCAUCCACCCCGAGAGGCGCGACGGGGACACCGGCCACAGGGACCGCGUGUCCCCGAGGCAUGGACACCCCACAGCAGGCCAGGGGCCGUGUCCCUGUGUGGGACCCAGCCAGGGGGUGACGAGGGGACCCUGGGGACCGUCCCCAUCCCGCCUCGCUGUGGCGACGCGGGGCCUCCCCGGGUUUCCAUGGAGACCGGCUGCUUUUUCACGCUCCCCAUUUUUCCUGCGGUUUCCCAUCUCCCGGAGCCGCGGCCCUGUCGGAUCCCAGCCCCGCCGAGGGGCUGUGGGCAGAGAUAAACUCUUCGGGAAGCGGCUGCUCCAAGCCGGGCGCUACAUCAUGUCCCACAAGGCCUGGAUGAAGACGGUGCCCACGGAGAACUGCGACGUGCUCAUGACCUUCCCAGACACCACCGACGACCACACGCUGCUCUGGCUCCUGAACCACAUCCGCCUCGGCAUCCCCGAGCUCAUCGUCCAGGUCCGGCACCACAAGCACACCCGUGUCUACGCCUUCUUUGUCACCGCCACUUACGAGAGUUUGCUGCGUGGGGCUGAUGAGAUCGGGCUGCGGAAGCCAGUGAAAGCUGAAUUCGGUGGAGGCAUGCGGAGCUUCUCCUGCGAGGAGGAUUACAUCUAUGAGAACAUCGAGAACGAGCUCUACUUCUUCACCUCUCAGGAACGGCAAAACAUCAUCAGGUACUGGCUGGAGAACCUGCGCGCCAAGCAGGGCGAGUCGCUGCACAACAUCCACUUCCUCGAGGGGCAGCCCAUCAUCCCAGAGCUGGCUGCCCGCGGCGUCAUCCAGCAGGUCUUCCCCUUGCACGAGCAGAGGAUCCUCAAGCGGCUCAUGAAGUCCUGGGUGCAGGCGGUCUGCGAAGCCCAGCCACUUGAUGAGAUCUGUGACUACUUCGGGGUGAAAAUCGCCAUGUACUUCGCCUGGCUGGGCUUCUACACCUCGGCCAUGGUGUACCCCGCCGUCUUCGGCUCCAUCCUCUACACCUUCACCGAGAGUGACCAGACCAGCCAGGACAUCUGCUGCGUGGUCUUCGCCAUCUUCAACGUCAUCUGGGCCACCCUCUUCCUUGAGGAGUGGAAGCGCCGGGGGGCCGAGUUUGCCUACAAGUGGGGGACGCUGGACACCCCAGCUGAAUCCAUCGAGGAGCCCCGGCCCCAGUUCAGGGGCAUUAAGAGAAUCAGCCCCGUGACCAGCGCCGAGGAGUUUUACUACCCGCCGUGGAAGCGUUUGCUCUUCCAGUGCCUGGUCAGCCUCCCCGUCUGCCUCGCCUGCCUCUCCUUCGUCUUCCUCCUCAUGCUGGGCUGCUUCCAGCUCCAAGAGUUUGUGCUGAGCAUCCAGGAGCUGCCUCGGAUCAUCCGUUUCCUCCCCAAAAUCGUCCUGGCUGUCAUCGUCACCGCCUGCGACGAGGUUUACAAGAAGAUUGCGUACUGGCUGAACGACAUGGAGAACUACCGCCUGCAGAGUGCCUACGAGAAACACCUCAUCAUCAAAAUCGUCCUGUUUCAGUUUGUAAAUUCAUACCUGAGUCUUUUCUACAUCGGUUUCUACCUCAAAGACAUGGAGCGGCUGAAGGAGAUGCUGGCCACGCUGCUCAUCACCCGCCAGUUCCUGCAGAACGUCAGGGAGGUGUCGCAGCCCCACCUGUACCGCCGGCUGCGCCGGGGGGACCUCAGCCUCCGCAGCCUCCGCCAGCUCGCCCACACCGUCCUCUGCCUGCUCGCCCCCCGCCGCCACCACCCCCCAGCCCCCCCUGAGGGUUCGCGGGGGGAGAAGAAGUGUCUGAACGGGGGUUGCGGCGUGCCGGAGGAAGAGGAGGAGGAGGAAGAGCGGCGGGAGUCGGACUCGGAGGAGGAGAGCGCCCUGGAUUGCGGGUUGAAGCUGAAGAAGGUGAGCUUCAUUGAGAAGGCGGAGCGGCGCGGCGGGGAGCCCGGCGGCCCCGAGGACGAGAGUUUCCUCGAGGAGGGCAGCCCCACCAUGGUGGAGAAGGGCAUGGACCCUGCGUCCGUCUUCGAGCUGUGCGAGGAUGAGGAGGAGGCCGAAGGUCCCCCCGGUAGCCCGGUCAAGGCGGCGGAGCCGGCAGUGGUCCCGCGGGCCGGCCGGAGGAGGCGGGCGGCUGAGAACCGGGGGGAGGAGGAGGAGGGUGAGGAGGAAGGGCGGAGGCGCAACCGGGCGUCCUGGAUCGACCCGCCGGAGGAAGACUACUCCACGCAGCUGACGCAGGCAGAGGUGGAGAGCUGCAUGAAGAAAUAUGAGGACACCUUCCAGGACUACCAGGAGAUGUUCAUCCAGUUCGGUUACGUGGUGCUUUUCUCCUCCGCCUUCCCCCUGGCCGCCAUGUGCGCCCUGGUGAACAACGUCAUCGAGAUCCGGAGCGACGCCUUCAAGCUCUGCACGGGGCUCCAGCGUCCCUUCGGCCAGCGGGUCGAGAGCAUCGGGCAGUGGCAGAAGGUGAUGGAGGCCAUGGGCGUCUUGGCCAUUGUGGUCAACUGCUACCUGAUUGCCCAGUGUGGGCAGCUCCAGCGCCUCUUCCCCUGGCUCAGCCCCGAGGGAGCCAUCAUCUCCGUGGUGGUGCUGGAGCACUUCGCCCUGUUCCUGAAGUACAUCAUCCAAGUGGCCAUCCCCGAUAUCCCCGCUUGGGUGGCUGAGGAGAUGGCCAAGCUGGAGUACCAGCGCCGCGAAGCCUUCAAGAAGCACGAGCGGCAGGCGCAGCACCACUUCCAGCAGCAGCAGCGGCGCAAGCGGGAGGAAGAGGAGCGGCAGCGGCACGCCGAGUACCAGGCCCGCAAGGAGCGGGAGUCCAGCCGCGACGAGGCCAAGCCCGAGGCUGCCGGGCAGGACCCGGCCCAUGAGAAAAGCCAGAGCAAAGGGAAGGGCUCCGGGGGCACCUCGCACGGCUCCGACAAGCCCAAGAGACCCAGCUCCCUCCUGGCCACCAACAACGUGAUGAAGCUGAAGCAGAUCAUCCCUUUGCAGGGCAAGUUCCUCUCCGGGGGGGCCGGGGCCAGCAGCACGGCAACCGCCAGGUCCCCCCAGUCCCCCACCAGCAGUGAGAACAAACUCCCUGGCUUCCUCAGCUUCAAGUUCCUGAAAUCCCCGGAGACUAAGAGGGACACGGGGACUGAGAAGGUCCAGUCACCCACCAAGCCAUUCAAUCCCGGCAAGCUCUUCAACUUUGGCAAGUCUGAAGGGGCUGGGGGCAACGGUGCCGCGGCCACCGCCUCCCCCCAGCCCCGGCCCGGCCCCUCGGCGGACACAGGCGAGCGGCCGGUCCCCAGCAAGUCCCACCUCAAUGGGGUGCCAGAGGAGGGGGGCCGAGAGGAGCCGGAGAGCCGGGCGGAGGAGGAGAGUGGGGGCUAUAAACUCUAACCGGACAUUUUUGGGGAGUGGGAGUGAGCGGGGCUGCCCACUUCCCCUCCUCAGGCAGCCGUGGUCAUCGUCACCCUCCCGCCUCCCCUCGCCGUCCCCCGCUGCAGGGAGCGCGGGGCCGGGCUGAGCCCGCCGGGUGCCAGCGCUGGCCCGUCGCUCUGCACCGUCCCCCUCUGCCACGUCCCCUUGCGUCCCUCCAGCCCUUCCGCUGGGACCCAGCGCGGCUCCGGCAAGGGUCUGGCCUCAUCCUGCUCCGAGGACACCUGAGCAAAGCAGGGAGCAAAGCAGGGGUCGAAGCAGCAGGGUCUGGCCGCAGCUUCGGGAGGAGCAUCCCGAGAAGUUUCCUUCCUGCGCCCCUCCGCACGUUCACGGGUGGGAGAUGCCCCGGUUUGGGCUCCGCGCUGUGAGCCCGGGGUCUCAGCCCACCGCCCCGAGGAUUCGGCACACCGGGAGAUGCCCGAGGAGCCGCAGGGGAUCUCGGUGCUGCCAGGCCCACCAGGACCAGCCGGCCGGGCUCAGGGCCACGUCUCCGAUCAAGGAGGGACGAGAUCGUGGCGCUCGCGGGAGCGGCAGCAAGAGGAGCCCGAUUCACCCGUGCCUACAGCCCCUGCCCUACAGCCAUCGCCGGGGUCCCGCCGGCACCGGGGCCGUGCCCUGCUCCGUCCCGCUCCCGGCAGCCUCCGCGUGGAUUCCUUCCCAGCACCGGGAUGUUUUCCUGCCCGAAGCCCGGACAGCCGGGAGGGAGGGGGAUUCCCAUGCAUGGGCAGCAUUUCUUGCACUAAAACCGAAACAAAACCCAA